UCUGUCGUAAAAAUACGUCCUGGGCUCUGUGUGAAAGUGGAGAAUACGAGUCUGAGUGCUUCGCUGAGGAUAUCUUUUUUUCUUCCUCCGAGCUAAUGUUAGCAUCGGCAGGCGGAACACUCGGAGACACCGGGGAAACCCAGCGGACGACUGACCGAGGCCGUGCCAUCAUGCAGCUCGGAAAUGCGCCCGAAUAACCGCAUGACAGCGCUGCGAUCCGUCGACGGAAAACUUUGGAGCUCGGUAGACGCGGCGGGCUCGCGGUGAGGAGGUCGUGUGGCCGGCGGGAAUGGUGCUGUCGCCGAGCCGCAGCGACUGACGGCACCGGGACUGCGCUCGGCCACCCUGUAUGGGUCACCGGAGAUCGCUCAUCUACAGGCCACGUUUAUUAUUAUUGUUUAUUCUCCCAGCUGGACUGUCAUAUGGUGUAUGGAUGGACCUGUGCGUGCUGUCACACACAUAAUUGUGCUUAUUUUGCUGCCUAAGAACAUUACGUAAGGCUGCAGCGUACGCUACGUAUUUUCUUAGGGGGAAAGGCUCGGGUGACAUUGCAGACUUUUGUGGAGACACACACGCACACAUAUAUAUUUAAAUAUAUAUAUGUGUAUGUAUAAAUAAACGUAAGCUCCUCUUAUUACGUCUGUCAAAAAGGAAGAGAAGGUGGAGCAUUGUCCGUCGUACGUGCUGACGCAGUGGGAUUUCUACGUGUGGUCUGCGUUUCGGCCCGCCCUUCCCGCGCUGACGGUGAUGGGUCGGAAGCGGUGUGUCGGUGCAGAUUGUUCGAAGAUGGCGGCCGGGUGCUGCGGGGUGAAGAAGCAGAAGUUGUCGGGAUCCCCUGGCGCGGGGGGUCCCGGCGGGGCGGGAAGCGGGGUAGCCGGGACCGGACAUUGUGGAUCGGAACUGGGGAUUGGGUCGUCGUCGACUGUCGUGGCCGGGAGCGUGAAUCGAGUGAACGGCCUGGGGGGUCCGGGGGGUAGCGGUAGCGGUAGCAGCAGCAGCGGCGGUAACAACACCAACGCGCUGUCCGCGACUCCCGGAGGAUACAACUCCACCGGCCUCUCCCCGACUCUCAGCCCCGGCUCCGGAGCCAGGAAAAUGGUGGUUUCGGCGGAGAUGUGUAGCUUUUGCUUCGACGUGCUUUAUUGCCAUCUAUACGGAUACCAGCCUCCUCGAACACCCAGGUUUACAAACGACCCCUACCCACUGUUUGUCACUUGGAAAAUCGGCCGGGACAAGCGGUUAAGGGGUUGUAUAGGUACAUUUUCUGCCAUGAACCUGCACUCAGGACUCAGGGAGUACACCCUUACCAGUGCCCUUAAAGACAGUCGCUUUCCCCCCAUGACGAGGGACGAGCUGCCGCGUCUCUUCUGCUCAGUGUCUCUGCUCACCAACUUUGAGGAUGUUGGUGAUUACCUAGACUGGGAGGUGGGUGUUCACGGCAUUAGGAUAGAAUUUUUUAAUGAAAAAGGAUCAAAGCGCACCGCCACCUACCUGCCAGAGGUUGCGAAGGAGCAAGGAUGGGACCAUAUUCAGACCAUAGAUUCCUUACUUCGAAAGGGAGGAUACAAAGCUCCCAUCACAAAUGACUUCAGGAAGACUAUUAAAUUGACCAGGUACCGUAGUGAGAAGAUGACGAUGAGCUACGCAGAAUACAUCGCCCACCGCCAGCACCAUCACUACCAGAACGGCAUCGGGCACCCGCUCCCUCCCUACAACCAUUAUUCCUGACAGCGAGCCGCAUGACCAGUCCCUGGAGCUCUCGGCGGACAUCUUCCCCGGAGAGCCGGCCCCGUCCUGGUCUAGCUAUCUCUACUACUGUACCAUUUUAUGAUGAUAGUUUCCGCUGCCGUGUCUUCAGUCUGACCGAGGCAUGGCAGCGGGUGCAAAAUCAGCAUUAGGUGAUCGAUUAUAAACCCAGAAGAAAACAAAAAAAUCCUUUAUUUCCUCAUUUUUAAUCCUUUGUAUUAAUUUAGUUUUUGCAGCAUAUAUAUAUAUAUAUGACUAUAUAUAUCGAUCGAUCGACCCCUUCCCUUUCUUUCUUAAAAAAAAAAAGCAAAUAAACAAGUUUAUUUUAAUGAUUAUUCUUUCAACAAAUUUCCUAAUCAGGUUUCUGAGUCUGUGGAUGGAAAUAAGUCAUAUUCAGACUGAUGGGCUAGUGCUUUCGCUCAGAGUUGAUGUCCGCUAAGCUUUCGUGGCUGCCUUUCUCCCCUUUUUAUUGUUUGAUGUUAGUUUGGCUUUUACCCAGUGUGGGCGAUCAUGAAGGCUUCCUCUUUCCUCUCUGUGCAGUUUCUUUAUUGAGGGGUGAUUUUGGGUUUUCUGCUUCCGUUUGUUUCACGUUGUUGUGGGUUUUCUGCAGUGCGGCUGAGUUGAAGUCUCGUGCGUUCGUUGUUUUCUUUCUUUGAAACCACUUUACUAAAUUAGCUGCUGGGUAACCCAGAAUAUUCCCCCAUAACUCAAAGCUCUAGCUGAUUUGAAUGGAGUUUUCUUUGAUUAACAGUCUGUGGUGUCUGUAGUGUAGUUUAGAAGAGCAGGAGUCGUGGUGUUGCUUCAUUAUUAGUUCUUCAUCUUCUGUUUGAGUUCUCAUGUGGAUUUGUGCGCUGUCCAGUGUUUCCUAGUGGUGUUUGUGAGACGGCAAGUGCUCAGAAUAAUGGAGUAAAUAAAGGUUUUUCUAGCUUAGUGAAGGUCAGAAGAUCCUCCGCUUUCUAUAUUGCUCCUGUUUUGUCCCACAGAGAGGAAAAGCUUUGUGACAGGGAUACGCUCCAGAAAAACACAAGCCAUACUCUUUAAUGCAUGCUAUGGCAGGGUGCCUGUUCUGGAUUGGUUUCUGGCGCAGGAAUCUUCACUUUGCUCUCAGGAGGACGCUUACUUUCUUUUAUUUUUGAGAGAUGAUCUGGUCUUAUCGAUGAUGAAUACGCCGAUUUGUGUCUCGCAUGGCAACAAUGUUUACAUCUGCAUACGAAUGCUGUCAUUUACUGUGGUAGAGGAGCUCAUUCACGUGUGUUGGUCUUAGGAUGGAGAUUGUUGGAGUGUCGCAUUAGGAACCAGCAGUUGUGUUUGAUUUCAGUUUUCUCUCUGACAUUAUAAAGGAAUAGUUCAGCUAAUGAUGACUCUAGAAGGUAUUUUCCUUCUGUUGAACACAAAGAAGAUAUUAUGAAGAAUGCUGGGGAGAAAAAGCAGCUCUUGUCAUUUAUAGUAGGAAUAAAAAUAGUUUGUUCAACAGAAGAAAAGUCGAGGGAGUGAAUGAUGAUCUAUUUUUCAUUUUUGGCUGGACUGUGCCUUUUAAAGGACACUUGUUAGUUUUAUUUUUGUAAAUAUGCUCAUUUUACUGCUCUCUUAGAGAGAAACUGUUGAGUUUUACCUUUUUUCCAUCUGAAUUCUGGUCUGAAAAGAGUACCGUUAGCUUAGCUUAGCAUAGAUCAUUGAAUCAGAUUAGACCGUUAGCAUCUUUCUCAAAAAUGAUCUGAAUGAUCUUGAAAAGAUUUGAUGAUCUUGUUGUUUAAAGCUCGACUCUUCUGUAGUUAAAUCGUGUACUAAUAUCAACACAAAGCUGGUAUUUUCUAGGCUGACAUGGCUAGAGGAACUACACACUCAUUCUUAGCAUGUGGAACGUCAUUCAAGUUCCUUGAUUAUUACGCUAAAAUGAGAAUAUAGUUCCUAACCAGAUCAGUUUUCUGUCAGUCUUAAUACAUGAUGGAACUACAGAAGAGUCUCGCUUUAGAUAGCAAAAUUAUCCAAACUCUUUGGCUAUUUUUGAGAGAGAUGCUAAUGGUCUAAUCCGAUUCAAUGAUUUAUGCUAAGCUAAGCUAACAGUGCUCCCACCAGACCUGCCUGAAUGAAUUAUAAAACUUAGCAGUUUAACUCCUUGAAAGCUUUAGAAGGAGACUAUUUCCAAAAUAAAAGUGGAGUGUUCCUUUAAAUCUCUGCAAAGACCGUGUCUGUGUCUUCACAGCUUUACUUUAAGGACGAGGAUGUAGACAGAAAAAUCCUGUUGUCUGUAGUCGCAGUGGACUAGCGUUCAGGUUUGUGUUUCUGAGGAGAAUAUUUCAGUCUUUUAUUUUCAUAUGCAAAAACGUUAAGGGCUUUUGGGGUUCCAUCCACAGUCAUUAUAAAGCUCUCUUAAACCCAAAUCAAUUAAAUAAACUCAGUUGUGUUGCCUUAAAACCGAUUCUGACAAAGACCAGAGAUUGUGGCUCUGAAUGCUCAACUAGCUCCGAUGUUUUGGCCACAAUCAUAUAAUGUAGUGACUUUAGAGCAGGAAUGGCCAAACUCAGUCCUGGAGAGUCCAACACAACUGAAGCAGCUAAUCAAGACUAGAACCCUCCUGGCAAGUGUGUUGAAGCUCAAAUCUGCAGGACACCGGCCCUCCUGGACUGAGUUUGGACAUUCAUGCUUUAGAGAAAACAAUAUCUGUUAAUGAGUGUUCCUCCAGAGGCCCUCCACUGCCCAAUGGUGACUGUUUUUCCCCUGUUCUGCUUCUCGAAAUCCCUCUGACCAAUAAGCAGGUCAGUCUGGCUCUGAAAAACCCUUUAAACCCUUCUCUUUAUGGCCUCAGAUUUCAGAUUACGCUGCAAAAAAGGCAUUUCUUGUCUCGUUUCUGGUGUAAAUAUCUCAAUUCCUAAAUCAAGAAGUAUUUUCUAGACAAGCAAGACAUUUAAUGUGGUUAUAUAGAAUAGAAAAGUCAAAUUGAAGUGAGUUUUUCCCCUUAAAACAAGCUCAAUACUCUGCCUAUGGGCUCAGAUAAAAUAAUCUGAUUUUGCUUUGACAUAAUUGACUCUUUCUUACCUCAUUGUCAGAUUAUUUAGCUUGUUUUAAGGACGAACUUACUUCAUUUUGACUCAUUAUUACUGAAAACAACACAAUAUUAUUUACUAGUCCAUAAAAAACUUCUUGAAUUUAAGAAUCUCUUAAUAUUUAGACUAAAAACAAGACAGAAAAGUGUGUUUAUUUUCAGCUAGAUGAGCAAUCAGAGCCUCAUUUAUAUGUCCGGUCCUCCAAAAACGGCACAAACUGAACAUUUAUUUUCAUCUGCUGC